UAUCACCACAUACCUUUUAUUUCGAGCAACCAACCAACUCACUACCACAAGCAUCAAAAGCUACAGCUACCGAGCCCAAUGAGAUCCUUCCUCGUAAUUGGAAUCCUCAUUGCAAUGCCUGCUUUAGGAAUAUGCGCUUUCGGAACAGGCACUAUUUGCUACAGGUCACCGAAAACUCCAAGGCGCCAACCGACGCCGUUUUCCAGGGGAUUGCUGAGCCGUCAUCUCUUUGGAAAUCGACAAAACAAGUUUCUCAAAUCUGAAUUCUUUCCCUUAGACGAGAUCCCACAAGAAGAACGUGCUUUUCUUGAAGAAGUCAAGCUCCGUCCGAAAUUUGACCGUGAAUCGCUUAUGGAAAUUGUCAUUCCCCUCAUGGCUCCUUUUAUCGCUUUUUUCAGCUACGAUUUCGUGGCUUCUACCUUUGAUUGGACAAUUGACACACUUUCCGAUUUGACGUCCGAUAAGAACUGGGUAGCCGUCGAUGGAGGUCGAUACCAGGCAAGUAUUAUGACUCCCGUUACCAAUGGUGUGGUUCUGCCAGCUGUGGCAGUCCUGUUCGCGACAUUGACUUCCACUACCAUCAGCACCUUGCGUAUGCGUCAAGUAGAAGUACUUCGCGCCAUUAACAUGGAAGCUGGCGAGCUGCGGGUACUGGAGUCUAUAGUGGCAGUAUUUCCGGACGGUGAUCUCAAGGAUCGUUGUCGAAAUUAUCUGAUUCAGUACACAUCCCGCAUUAUUGCUGAAAGUCAACCCCACAGCGGUUUCGUUGGCGAUGACUUUUCUAGCAUCAACCCCCGCCGUGGUAUGGACAGCGAGCUUAACGGAUUUCUGCAGCAGCUCAACUUGUUUACGCCCGACAUCUCGUCUCAUUUGGCGGAAGAAUCAUACGCUGCUCUUGCGCGUUUACGUGAACAACGAUAUAACCGUAUUUCGGCCCUUGAAGUGACCUACCCUGGUCUCCAUUACGCCAUCCUCGCGGCUUUGGCCAUCGCCGAAUGCACAGGCUUCCUCAUGGAAGCCAAUCAAGAGUUGCUUGUAUUUUUGAACGCUGUACAGCUAAAAAUCUUGUGGAGCAUGCUGGUCGGCACCUUUGUCGCCUGCUUUACUGUAUUUUACGAUCUUCGGUAUCCAUUUUCAGGGUCUUACCAAAUUUCAGCAAGUGUCGACCAAUUGUACACGGUACGCAUGGCUUUACAAGCACCUGUGACAAGUUUUCUUGAGCUCGAGUCGGAAACUAAAGGCUCAGACUCUGCAGUGACGACGGCGACGGACUCUUGGACUCCAGUGGCAAAUGGUAGCAAUUCUAAGUGUGUCGCGAUCAUGAAAGUAAAUGGGGCUUCUAGAGGAACUUUAAAUGGUGCUUUUCAAGAGAAUACACCAGAAAAGGAGCCAUUAGACGAGGGUAUACCAUCCAAGCCCUUUUCCAGAACCCAAAGUCUAAGGCAACAACAACAACAUACAACGUCCUAUCUCAGGAACGGAUCAAGCCACACACCCGAGCCGUAG